GCCGCCGCCGCCACCGCUACCGCCAACUGUAGUGAUGUCGCCCCUACUGCUUCAUCCUCAGCAGAGCAUUUAUUAUCUUCGCCCUCAAAUGUUACCUGUGCUUACUUCGUCGUAACGUCGUCGUCGUCGUCACUGCACUAUCGAAGAUCUCCGACAACGUCAUCACCGCUCUUGUGACGUCACUGUUACUCGUGACGACAGCCCAAGCUUCGUGGCGCUGCCGCUGCACGCGCUGCUGUCGUUCCCUAGAAGUAAACAAACACCACACACAAGCUACCUCCACGCUCUAUUGACAGUGUUUCAGUGGGCUACUGUUAAACUUCCUAUCAUAUAUUUUCCAAGUUACAGCAACGGAGUAUCUUAACAAAGAAAACCCCAACUGUCCAGCAGCAGGGCAGUCGGCUCCGCCCACCAGUACCAGAGAGCGCGUCCCCACCCUCCAAUAGCACCCAGUUAACUUGCUAGGCUCCCCACCUGGCGGUUGUGGGAGCAUACGCAUCUUAGCGGUCACUGGUGGUACGCCUUUUGACGGUCGCUGACAAUAAUAUCCUCGUUGACAAUUUCGAAGCAAAUUACAGUUCCUCGUUAGCCGUCCCUCUUGUCAACAUCAAAUGGCGAGUGCAGGAGACUCAGGACCUGCCAGACCGCAGGACAACAUAACAGAGGCUCACGUGAAGGCGGCGCUGACGGCGGACAAGGGCAGCGAGGCCGACCUCGUCUCCUGGAGCGUUAAAGACUUCACAGACAAGGGCGACAACUACGCCACCAUCGUCUCCAGCGUCAAUGUCAAGUUCUCCCUGGCAGGACAGGAGCAGACUACUUCUUAUGUGAUUAAACUCAAACCUCAAAUGGCUCCCGGUGAUGUUAUUGCUGUGUUUUUUACAUCGAUUUUCAAGAAAGAAGCAGAAUUUUUCCAGGAAAUCCUUCCACUGCUCAACGCUGAACUCACGACCCGAGGACUCUGCUGUUUACGGAUGGCGAAGUGGUUUAACACAUCAUUAGAAAAAGACAAAGAGAUGAUUUUCCUGGAGGACCUCCGCUCACGUGGGUUUAAAAUGUUUGACCGCAAGAAGGGAAUGGACGUGGCCCACGCCACCCUCGUCCUGCAGGAGCUGGCCAGACUCCACGCCGCCUCCCUCCUGCUGAAGGCCACGGCACCCGAGCAAGACCUGGCAGACAGGUUCACACAUAUUAAAGUUGACUGGAUGAAUUACUCACAAAAUGCAAGGAAAACAAUUAAUGAGAUGCUCUCUCAUUACUGUGUGAACGCUGAGGCAUUACUACAUGACAUAGAAGGUUACGAGGUAGCAAAACAGUGGCUGGCAAAACACAAAAACAACAGCGCUGAUCUUUUCGAACAGCAGCUGGCGAGAAGUCCCAAGUUUGAUGUCAUCUGUCAUGGUGAUUGUUGGAACAAUAAUGUCCUUUUUAGAUACAAUGAUGAAGACGAGCCCGUUGAAGUGAUGUUAGUUGACCUCCAGCUAAACCGUGUAGCCUCCCCGGCCACCGACCUCAACUACCUCCUCUACACCAGCCUCCACGGCAACGACAGGAAGGCCAACUGGCGGGACUUCCUCUCCUCCUACUACAACACCUUCCAGGGUGUGAUGGAGGCCGGGGGUAGGGACAUGCCCUUCACCCUGGAGGAGCUCCAUCAGGAGUACAGAGACAAGAUGGAAUACGGGAUGUUCUUAGGUACAAUGACGGUGUCGAUUGUGAUGUUCGAAAGCAAUGAUAUUCCUGAUAUUGAUAACUUAAAGGAAGAAGACAUUCCGAAAUUCUUUGAGGAGAAUCGUCAAAAAACUCUUGAUAUGAUGAAAGAGAAUCCACUCUUUCGAUCUCGGUUUCUGGCCAUAUAUGAUGAACUGGUUCAGUAGAGAGCCAUCAGGUCUUAACACUGUCCAGUGAAGAAAUAUAUGUACAAUAUACAUAUAUGUACAAUAUACUGUGGGUACCACUUCUGAUGUAAUUGUAGGGACCCAUAGCAUCGAAGAAAAUAAAGAGUAUUCAGAGGAAAAUUAACGUUUGACUUUAAUACUUAUGAGUAUUCCAUUCACCAAUGUAAAGGUUAUUGACCCAUAAGUCUUAUAUUUUACUCACCAUGCGUUUGAAACGUUUUGUAAAUUUAUAAUAAGUGUAAUACAUUCUAUAGUUAA